UCUCUUUUCUUGAUGGUUGAAUCCAAUCUAACAGUAGGACUUUUAUGAAAAAAUGAAUAGAACAGAAAGAAACAGAGAGGAGCUUCAUUGUCUCCGUUUGAUCACAUGCAGCUUGCUUCAUCGGUAGGUUCAUUUAUCUGUCCGACAGUUUGAGAAAUUAGAGACAGACGGCGACCAAAAGCGAAAGCGUAUGCAGUUUGGUAAUGGAACAUUGCAGAAAAUUGUAUAACGGCAUGGAGACGAUUUAUCAGAACACUAUCGCUUUUGAGCAAUGGCGUUGUCUAGAUGAUGCACAUGUUUCUCAUAGUGGAUUUACUCCUUUUAGUAAGUACUGGGUAGAGUACUACCCGUCCGGUAUUAGCGAGAUGAGUGGCAAGCAGGUUAGGUUACCCGCCCGCCCAUAUACGUAGUGUAGAAGGUUAAAAACCUAAUUCUCUCUUCUUUCUCCCUCAAUUUAUCCUGCUCACAGGGCUGCACCUUCUCGCAAGGUACGUUACCCUUCUCAGCUUCUUUUCUUAUUCAAGUACUUAGUCUUAAAUUGGCCCAUAUUUUUAUAAUAUAAUUGUAUUGUAGUCAGUACUGAGUCAUAAUUUGUGUAAGCUGUAGGCCGGGAGCUGGAAGCCAAUUAAUUAAUUCAGAAGAUUAAUUGUGAGAUGGAGAAAUCAACUAGAAAUCAAGAAAUUCAACAUAAAGUGGAAACUGUCACAAAUGGAAAUCAAAAUCAUGCUGAAAUUCAUCAAUUGGAUCAGGAAGCUACAAACACUUCGAGUCAUGGAAUUAAUGGAAAUCAACAUAGAGAGUUGGUAAUUAGCAUCAAAGAAAUGGCUGAAAGUUGCUUGGAGCUGCCUCCCUUAUCAUCAAACAAGUGUUGUAUCUACAGGAUUCCAACUUGGCUUCGCAAAUUGAAUGAGGAAGCCUACACUCCUGAGGUUAUAUCAAUAGGGCCUUUCCACCAUGGCAACAAAAGAUUAGAACCCAUGGAAAAGUUGAAACUGAAAUAUUUUCACAAAUUCCUGCAGCGGGUUGACUUCAACGUGGAGAUUUUAGUAAACACCAUAAAGCUAAAUGAAGAAAGUGUGCGUAGUUGUUAUGCAGAAACCAUCAAGUAUAGCAGUGACGAUUUCGUGAAAUUAAUUUUGGUGGAUGGGAUCUUUAUUAUUGAAUUUUUCUACGAACUAUGCCUCCAAGGACCAUAUAGUGUUAUUCGUGAGAACCAUAUACUGUUAAACCCAAUAUCGUGGCUGGCAAUUAUGUUGGACUUGAAGUUACUGGAAAAUCAACUUCCUUUCUUUGCUCUUGAGAUAUUAUUCCGCCAUGCACGUGUACCGAUUUGUGAGCAUCCUUCCUUCAAUUCGCUUGCAAUUCAUACCUUUGAGAGGAUUAACGAUCAGAAAUUGCAUCAAAAUCAUGAAGCGUAUGAAAUUAGACACUUUGCUGAUUUGGCCAGAGCAUUUUUUCUUCCAUCAUCCAGAAAGCUGCCACCAUAUAGAAGAGAUCCUGCUUAUGCUGAUCAUUUAUAUACUGCAAGCCAGUUGGACGAGGCUGGAGUGAAGUUUAAGGUGAGCUCAAGCAAAUGCUUACUUGACUUGAAAUUCACCAACGGAACGUUCGAAAUUCCUUGCAUAAAAUUGUAUAAUUCGACUGAGAAUACUUAUCGAAACGUCAUAGCACUUGAGCAAUGCCAUUAUUAUACAAAUAAUCCACAAUUUACAGACUACAUUGUGCUAUUGACUUUCCUAAUCACCACUCCCAAAGACGUGGAUUUACUUAUUAGAAAAGGAAUCAUCAUUAAUGGGCUUGGCAGCAACAAUGCAGUGGCUUCUUUCCUCAAUAAUCUGGGCACAAAUGUCCCAUAUGGCAUCAACUCUGCUUAUUGUGAUUUGUUUGAAGAUUUGAAUGCAUUCUAUGAGAACCCUAAUCAUAUUUGGAAGGCUACCUUGAAACGUGAUUAUUUCAGCACUCCUUGGAGAAUAGCUUCUACUGUAGCUGCUGGUAUCUUACUGUUGCUCACUCUCGGACAAUUUAUAUGCUCCAUCAUCCAAGUUGUGAAGAUGUGAAGAAGCUUUGUCCAUGAAAUGUUGGAACAUAUACGGGCUGAUAUUGGACAAGAGUAAGUGAUAGAUGAUAUGAAUUUCAUGCAAGAAAAGUAGAGGUCAUGCUAUCAACCCGAGGGAUUUGAAUGAAGUGAUUUUUGUGUCUUUGUUUCUUAUUAACAUACAAUUUUAUAGC